UCGCGGCCCGGGCAACCCCAGGAAUCUCUCGUGGCUAACUCCAUGCAGCGCCGGGCUUGUGGCUUAGUGGUCCCAGGACGGCCUGCGGCUGCGAGGACCUGAAGCCAUCGUCCAGCCCAACAUCGCUGUACACCUGGGGAGUCCGAGACCCAGUGAGAGCAGUGCGGCCCGAGGUGGCCCAGCCCGCAGCAGGACCAAGGCCAGUUGCAGGUCUCCUGACUCCCAGCUUGGUGUCCCGCGUCUUCGUGGUAGGUUGAGAUAGCCGAGCAUCUGGCCUGAGCGCUCCCAGGCCACAUCCCCUUGUCCCCGGCGCUGGGGGUAAACACAGAACUCGCGCCUGCGCAGAGCCUUCUGAGGAAAAAGCAGGUUCGCGGCAGACCCCGCCCCUUUUGCCCUGGAGACGCGUCUCCGGUUGCCAUGGAGACUGCGCUGUUUACAGCCCAGUUCUGCAAGAACCCGGAGCUCCGGUUGGGGACUUUAGAAACCUCAAAUGGCCAAACUACUACAACAUCCACCCAAGUUCUUGCCCUCAGAGUGGCACAUUGCUAACAAGAACCAAUACCACAGAGCAGAGGCCCAAAGGUCCCGGUCCGAACGCCUGGUGGCAGAAAGCCAGAGGCUUGUGAAUGAAAUUGAAAAGACCACAAGAAAAUCUCAAAGCGAUGUGAACAAGAAACUAGAGCAGAGGCUUGAGGAAGUCAGGUUCUGGAAGAAGGAGUUAGAUGACAAACUUGAGCAGCUGGUGCACGCGACCGAAGAUCUACUCAUCUAUCAGACCAGAUUGGAGAAAGCCCUGGAGAGCUUUAAAGAGCCCUUGCACAUCACUGAGAAGUGUCUGGAAUACAGGGAGAAGCGAGUUGGCAUUGACUUGGUCCACGAUGAGGUAGAGCAGGAGCUGAUCAAGGAGGCGGAGAUCAUCCGGGGGGCGAUGGCCCUGCUGACCCGCACCCUGGAGGAGACGUCCGAGCAGAUCAGGCUGAACCGCGCUGCCAAGUACAGUCUUGAAAAGGACUUGAGGGACAAGUUUACAGCCCUGACCAUUGAUGAUAUCUGCUUCUCACUCAACAACAACUCGCCAGACAUCAAAUGUUCUGAGAACGUCGGGAGGGUUGAAGCAAACUCUGUGAGUCUGGAAGACUGGAUGGACUUCUCCAACACCAACGUGGAGAAGGCUGACAAGCAGAGGAACAACUCUCUGACGCUGAAGGCCCUCGUGGACCGAACCUUGUCCCAGACGGCCAACGACCUAAGCAGGCAAUGUGACGUGGUGGACACCGCAUUCAAGAAUGGGCUGAAGGAGACCAAGGACGCCAGGGACAAGCUGGCUGCUCAUCUGGCCAAGGUCAUGGAAGAGAUUGCCUCCCAGGAGAAAAAUAUCACAGUUCUUGAAAAAGCCAUCCUUGACCAAGAAGGACCUGCCAAGGUGGCUCAUACACGCCUGGAGACCAGGACACAUCGGCCUAAUGUGGAGCUGUGUCACGAUGGUGCACAGCACAGGCUGAUCAAGGAGGUUGAUGAGAUCACCCACAACGUCGCAAGAUUAAAGGAAAUGUUAGCCCAAGCUCAAGUAGAGCUGCGAGGCCUGAAUGGCAGGCAGCUCGCCCUGCAGGAGGAGAUCCAAGUCAAGGAGAAUACCAUCUACAUCGAUGAAGUGCUGUGUAUGCGUGUGAGGAAGUCCAUCCCUCCACGGGGUGGGGAUGACCACGGGAAGUGGGCCGGGGACCUCGAUCCGGACACUGUCUGCUGAAAGUCGGAUUCUCAGUAAGCCAUUCUCAUUAAACAGAGUCAUAAAACCGUA